AUGCGUUGGCCCAAUGUUGCAGACGUGCGAUUGUCGGAAGAUGCAAAGCAAACCAGGCUCGCGCCCUGGUGCUUACAACGAGCCUUGACACAUUCCUCUGAGCUCAGAUGGGCAGAUGAGGUGAAGGUAUCUUCGAAGGAGGAGGAGCCUGAGCUGCACCUCACGGAGACCUUGCGCUUUGCUGAGGAUCUCACAGCAGCUGCAGAGGAGGGGCACUUGGACCCGCUGGUGGGUCGUGAGGCCCAGUUGGAGAGGACGAUUCGAAUCCUAGGCCGCCGGUCAAAAAACAACCCUGUCUUCGUGGGCGAAGCAGGAGUGGGCAAGACCUCGAUCGCCUGUGGCCUGGCGCAACGAAUUGUGCAGGGCCGCGUGCCCCCCACUCUCCGCAACAAGCGGGUCCUGAGUCUCGAUCUUGCCCUCCUCCUCGCCGGCACGAGGUACCGUGGGGACUUCGAGGAGCGCCUCCGGGCCGUGGUGAAGGAAGUGUCGGAGAGCAACCGGCGGGUGAUCCUCGUGAUUGAUGAGGUUCAUACCCUUGUCGGCGCAGGCAGCAGCGGAGGCGAAGGUGGAGGCAUGGAUGCAGCCAACCUCCUCAAACCUGCGCUGGCAAGGGGACAGCUGCAAUGCAUUGGGGCCACCACUCUCGACGAGUACCGGCAGUACAUUGAGAAGGAUCCAGCCCUGGAGCGCAGAUUCCAGCCUGUUCUUGUGCCAGAGCCAACGGAGGACGAAACCGAGCAGAUCUUGCUGGGCCUGGCACCGAAGUACGAGCGCCACCACCAGCUAAGAUAUGAGCCAGAGAGUAUCCGAGCGGCGGUCCGCCUGGCUGCGCAGUAUAUCAACGACCGAUUCCUGCCCGACAAGGCCAUCGAUGUCAUGGAUGAAGCAGGUGCGAAGGUUCGACAGCAACUCUUCCUCGAGGCCGAGCGCGAGGAGGAGAUGGCGGAGAGGCGGAAGCUCGAAGAGGAAAUGGAGGCUGUCAGGGAGCAGAAGGCCGUCGCUGUCUCCAAGGAGGAGUUCCAGGAGGCCCAGCGGCUGAAGAAUCGCCAGGAAGAGAUCGAGCUGCGGCUCCGAGCGUUUCUGGAGAAGCCCGUGAGUUGCGCUGCGCCAACCAAAGGCGCUGACGUGGAAGAGAAGCUGCGGCUCUUGCGAGCACGAGUGGAAGAGGCUGUUGCUGCGGAGAGGUUUGACGAGGCCUCAGAACUGAAAGCCAAGGAGCGUGAAGUUCUGGGCUGGUCGAAGGGAACAGAAGCAGCAUGGGUUACGGAGACUGAUGUAGCACAGGUUGUGGCGGGCUGGACAGGCAUCGCUGUAGAACAGGUUUCGGCCACCGAGUCGGCACGGCUCAUGAAGCUUGAGCAAGAGCUCGCGAAGAGCGUCGUGGGCCAGGCGGAGGCGGUCAGCAGUGCAUCCCGCGCCUUGCGCAGGGCACGAGCGGGCCUGCGGAAUCCUUCCCGGCCCAUUGCAGCCUUGAUGUUUUGCGGCCCGACCGGUGUGGGGAAGACGGCUUUGUGCAAGACUUUGGCAUCCUGCUUCUUCGGAUCGGAGGACUCCAUGAUCCGCCUGGACAUGAGCGAGUUCAUGGAGAAGCACACGGUGUCGAAACUCAUCGGUGCUCCUCCCGGGUAUGUGGGCUAUGGCGAGGGUGGGACCCUCACCGAGUCUGUUCGCCGAAGACCAUAUUCCCUGGUUCUCUUCGAUGAGGUGGAAAAGGCCCAUCCCGACGUCUUCAACACAUUGCUGCAGCUCUUGGACGAUGGGCGUUUGACCGACUCCAAGGGCAGGGUCGUGUCCUUCAGCAACACGUUGGUGGUGAUGACAUCCAAUAUCGGGAGCCGCAGCGUGCAGAAGGGAGCAGGCGGAGGUCUUGGCUUGGGCUUCGGCACGAUGGAGGACUCGGCCGAGCAGAGCUAUCAGGUCAUCCGGGAGCUUGUUCACGAGGAAAUGAAGAGCUUCUUCCGCCCGGAGUUCCUGAACCGCUUGGACGAGAUCUGUGUCUUCCGGCCGCUGACAAAGGAGAACAUCCGUGCUAUUGCAGAGGUGGAGUUCGACAAGGUGGCAGCGCGACUUCUCGAGGCUGGCUUGCACGUCUCGCUGACGGCGCGCUUCAAGGAGCGGGUGGUCCAGGAAGGUUUCGACCCGGCUUACGGGGCCCGGCCCCUGCGACGCGCCAUCACGCGCUGGCUGGAGGACUCCUUAGCUGAGCACCUCCUGGACAGCACAGCGCAUCCUGAGGAGGAAAGUGAGCUGGAGCAACGUGCUUUGGUCGACCUCAGGGAGGAUGGCUCCGUGCAGGUCCACCGACUUCCCAAUGUCAAGAAAGAGGAGAAAGAACUCACCGAAGCGUGA